AUGUGCAUCUUCCUGUCUCCAAAUAGCCCAAAUAAAGAUCACCUGCCCAUCCUUCCAAACCAAUGUGCGAUGUGGUCUGCCGCUCUGGACCAGUCUGGAUCCUUACAAUGCGGCUUAUAUGCUGAGCUCUUAACUCCGUUCCCUUGUACCCCUGCACCAAUCCCCCUCGAUGCUCCUUCAAAAGAUCAGCUGUUGCACCCAUCCUUCCAGACCAAUGUGCGAUGUGGUCUGCCGCUCCGGACCAGUCUUAAUCCUUUCAAUCGGCCUAUACUUAUGCUUGGCUCUGACUAA